AUGAAGUGGAUGUGCGUAUUAAUGAGAGUGUGUUACAUUUAUGUAGGAUUGGGUCUAGUAAUGGCUAGUGCAGACGCUAAUUCUAAUCCCAGCUCAAUUCAGCCUAGUCCUAAGCUAAUAGCCGCUUUAACAGAGUUUGGAAUAAUUGAUGAAGAAACUGAGUAUAGCAUGGUAGCGCCUAGCGAUUCUGAGAGCUCAAGUGCCUCAAGUGCCUCAAGCGAAACAGACAACACCAUCUGCUGGGAUCUUAAAUUCAACCCAAUGAAUACCAGAAACGCCCAAAACACAUGCUUUAUUAUCUUAACUUUAGGCCCAGCCGUUCCAAUUCAGGCCGAAGUAGAAGAAAUACUUCAACAAGACUUCAAAGCAAGUGGGGGGGUGUAUAUAAAACAAAGCCCAAAUCAACUGGAUAUUUGGGGAAUAGCAACAGACAAGAAUGACAAAGCAGCCAAAACAUUCUUAAACCUUCUGCGAGCCAUGCGUCUUGACCAAGCUGGGUUAGACUGGAUUGACAAAACAGAAGCGGUAAGCAAUGCAACUGCUGUACUUAGCAAUCAAACCGCACCAGAAGGCAUCCGGGACAAAGAAGAGAUAUUAGAACUUAGUCUUGAAUUUGAUGUUACUAUAGUAGAAGGUGUCGAGCAGUAUAUGCCACUCAUUGGGUUAGGGUAG